AUGUCUUCUCGGUCUCGAAACGGUUGCAUAGACUGUAAAAAGGCCAAGGUCAAGUGCGAUGAAGUUCAUCCGUUCUGCGGCACCUGCAGGCGUCGCCGCCGUCAAUGCAGUGGUUACAUUCAGCCCAUAAAACCAUCAAGACCAGUCUCCGGACCCAGCAGUCCCAGAACACCAACCACAUCCGUCCGCCAGCUUACAGAUCAUGCAACCUCACCAGAUCGGCGGUUAAGCGAACCUCAGCCCUUCGUCCCCCCAGCGUUGUAUGCCGGAGCGUUCAGCCCUGGGCCCGGGUCUUUAGGAAGCCCACUAUCUCCUGUCGCAUUCAACAGCACCCCGUCGAUCGACCUUCCCUUGCUCAAGUCGAUACCUACUAUACCUGCAGGCACCAUCAACCCUGCAGACGAAACCUUCAUCGAGAUGUAUUUUUUGCGCCAUCCCAAGGAGCUGGUUUUUGGCCCUGAGUUUGUCGAGGAGAUGAAUUCGAGUGUCAUCAAAGUCUUACAAGAUAGCCCUCUAGCUGUGGGCGAUAUCUUGUCCGCUAUUGGCGAAGCCUAUUGUAAAGAUAGCGCUCUUCCUCUAGUGCUUCCCGUUGCAAGCAGAAGGGCCAGAAUUCUCGCUCGGUUGCGAGGAAUGGAUAAGCAUGGAGUAAGCAUGGAGCUUUUAUUGUCCAUCAUGCUCGGACUUUGUGCAGUAGAGCUUGUCGAUUCUAGCGCGCAACGGCAGACGAGCAGCCUGCCUGUUCUUCUCGAUAACCUGUCCAUGAUGUUGCACCGCCACCUUGGCAAAGGCGAUGACCUCAACCAACUGGCCAAAUACUUCCUCCGCGCCAUGGCUCGACAAGACAUGCUCAUCUCAUUGACGCGAAUGCAUCGGUCCAAAAUCCCAACAACAUGGUGGCUGGACGAUGGAGCCAAAGCUCGCGCCGAUCGUUUCAUGGGCUAUACAGGCACUCUUAUGCCCAUAUUAUCGAGGUUGAGCGAUCUCGCUGCGGACAUUCGGGUAUCUUGGUUGGAGACUCCCCGCCACUCAGUUGAAGGUAAUUUGCAUGCCCGUGCUUCGAAUUUACAAUAUGAAUUGAGCAUGUGGCAUCCCAUUGUUGAUCCCAAGCUCCCUUUUCAGAGUUCUCGCAAAUUCCUCAUGCACGCAAACAGUUAUCGACAAGCUUCCUUGUUAUAUCUCUUCCGACUGUUCAGCCCACCAGGCAGCUCAGCAGAGGCUGACCGGGCCGCUCUGACUAUGGCAUACGAGGUGAUGUCUCACAUUGCGGAUCACGAAGAGGAUUUAAAAAUGUCUCUGUGGCCGGUCUUCCUUGCAGCUUGCGAGAUGUGCUCUGAGUCUGAUAGACUAAGCGUCACAAAUGUCCUAGACUCUAUUUGCCGAAGUCGUAAGACAGUUACUGCUCUUGGGACGCGCAGUUUUGUUCUGAACAGGGUUUGGGUAGCCAGGGAUGCCGGCAUUGAUUGGAGUUGGAUGACUUUGAAUGUCAAAUACCCCAACGAACUGCUUCCAAUCUGA